AUGUAUGCAUCAAACCAAGGUCCUAGAAGAAAGUCACAAUCAGAUAGUAGACGAAAUAGUAACGGAGUUCAAGGUUCCGAAAGUGGUGGAUCCGGUAGCGACAAUAAUGUUUCUGAUGACCUCUCCAAAGUUACUGCUUCAUUAGACAAUAUUAAUAUUGGUGAUAAUGAAAAUGAAUCCAAGCCCACCGUUCAAACCACUACUACUAAUAACGACGCAUUGUCGACAACCUCUCAGGGACAACAGGAGGUUGAGGAGUGGGAAAAGUCUGCAGAUGGCGAGGAAAGUCAGAGGGGCGAAGUUACUCCCAAAAAUGAAAAUAGAGGAGCCUUUAAAAAGGGGCAUAAGAAAAGCAAGAGUAGUAAAAUUGAAUUCAAUUUUGAUCCAGAUGCGUUUGAGGGGUCAACUCGGAUUCUUGAUAUCUUUGAUUUUCCCGCUUCAUUCAAGACUCAUCAUCUCCACGAAAUUUUUCAAGAAUAUGAAAGUAUGCGUGGAGGUUAUCGCAUCAAGUGGAUGGAUGAUACUCGUGCUUUAAUCAUCUUUGAACAUCCAGUUACAGCAUAUCUGGAUAAUGUUACCAAUCAAUUAGCUACAAUCAAACCGUACGACGGCCCCACAGAUUUUCUUCAAAAAAAUCCCAAUAACGCUCAACCUCGAGCGCGUCCUGCUACUACUGAUAUGGUCGCUAAGCGUCUUGUUCACGGAGCUCUGGGUGUGCGUACUAUUAGAUCACCUGAACAACGUCAAGCAGACAAUCAAGUUCUUCGGAAUGCUAGAGACCAAAAAGACCAACAAAGGCGCAAUGAAACUAAACGAACUCAAGAUGUUGACUCGGCCUUCAAUGAAUAA